AAAAAAACGUGGAAAUGUCUGUCUGAAACUGGUUGAUUGGCUAGAACUAGCCCUUUGUGAGUGCAAUUUCUAAAACCUUUAGAAAAUGGGAACCUUGUCUGACUUGGAAUCUUUCUUUCAUUAUCCUAGAGAGGUUUGAGUCCCAUCUGUCUUUUCUUGUGAAUUUGAUACAUGCUUAUAAGUGCAAAUAAAAUAGUAAAUACAAAAAGUUUUUCUCAUGCAUACAGUCAUGCCCAUGACUGUACUCUUGCUCUCAUUACAGAUGUGCACACACUUUUUAUUCUGAAAAACCAACAAAAACCUAACCAGAUAGAACAUCAUAACAUUAUCUCACCACACAAAACAAUAUUUAAUCAAUCUGGUUCAUCUAAUUGGUUUGGUACUUUUUGAGCUACAUUUUUAAUGGUGAUGGACUGCUUGGUGUGUCGUUGUGGGUAAUAAAGUGGUAACUCUGCUAGUAAUCCCAGUAUUACUUCCUCAACCCCUUGUUCCUCUUCAAACAGACGGUGGAGCAGAUCACUCAGUCUAGCCACUUUUAGCAUGCCAUGUUUGGAACAUUGGACGCCAUCCAACACGGCCUGAAACCCCAGAGACCGUCAUGAGAGCAAACGUGACAAACAUCAUGUGAAAGAAAUGUUCCAGGGAGGCAACAAUGCAGGACACACGGUGGUGGUUGAUUCAGUGGAAUAUGACUUCCACCUUCUACCCAGUGGGAUUAUCAACCCUAAGGUCACUGCCUUCAUUGGGAAUGGUGUAGUCAUUCACCUGCCGGGUCUCUUCGAGGAGGCUGAGAAGAAUAUGCGGAAAGGAAAAGGUCUGGAAGGCUGGGAGAGCAGGCUCAUCAUCUCUGAUCGGGCGCACAUCGUGUUUGAUUUCCAUCAAGCUGUGGAUGGAGUCCAGGAACAGGAGAGGCAACAGCAAGCUGGCAAAAAUUUGGGAACAACUAAAAAAGGAAUCGGCCCUGUGUACUCAGCCAAAGCAGCUCGCAGUGGCCUGAGGAUAUGUGACCUUCUGGCUGACUUUCAGGAGUUCUCAGAGAGAUUUAAACAUUUGGCCUCGCAGUAUAAGUCUAUGUACCCUUCACUGGAGAUUGAUGUGGAUGGGGAACUUGAGAAACUCAAGACAUAUAUAGAUCGAAUAAAGCCCAUGGUGAGAGAUGGAGUCUUCUUCAUGUAUGAGGCACUACACGGGCCUCCAAAAAAGAUUCUGGUGGAAGGUGCCAAUGCUGCCUUGCUGGACAUUGACUUUGGGACAUAUCCGUUUGUGACUUCCUCAAACUGCACUGUGGGAGGGGUGUGUACGGGUCUGGGCAUGCCGCCGCAGAACGUGGGUGAAGUGUAUGGAGUUGUCAAAGCCUACACCACGAGGGUUGGGAUUGGAGCUUUCCCUGCAGAACAGAACAACGAAAUUGGAGAGCUCCUGCAGUCGAGAGGCAAGGAGGUGGGCGUGACCACAGGUCGCAAAAGGAGAUGUGGUUGGCUGGAUCUGGUGCUUAUCAAAUACGCCCACAUGAUUAAUGGCUUCACAGCCAUAGCUCUCACCAAACUUGACAUCUUGGAUGUGCUUCCUGAGAUCAAAGUUGGUGUGGCUUACAAAGUAGAUGGUGAAAUCAUCCCACAUUUUCCAGCAAACCAAGAGGUGCUACAGAAGGUUGAAGUGCAGUACGAGACUCUGCCAGGCUGGAAAACAGACACAUCUGCUGCCAGGACCUUUGAUGAGCUUCCAGAAAAUGCACAGAAAUAUGUCUGCUACAUCGAAGAUCACUUGGGUGUGCCUGUGAAGUGGAUAGGUGUUGGGAAGUCACGGGAAUCAAUGAUCCAGCUCUUUUAAGAGGCUGCUUGGCCUGCAUGUAGCACUGGCUGGAUUACGCUCUGGACUCGGGGACGGAUAGUUGCCUCAUGUGUUUCCUCUCCCACCUCACUUCAGUUUCUCCAUGGCAAGAACGUCAUUUGGUUUCACUCAGAUCAUCGUACAGCCCUUUGAAAUGGAGUAUUUGUCAUAUAUAAUGGCAUUCCUGUGGUUAAUCAAAAAGGGUUUUUCAACUAGUUACUUUUUGGAAUCAUUUAACGGUUUCUCAUCUGCUUUACAUAAUUCUUCUCUGGUAUUUUGAGCUCUCAUAAGCUCAGUAUCUCCAGCUUGAGUCCACAUGCUGUACAUGUGCUACUACUUCAAACAGUCAGGCAUCAGUAGUGAUGUAUAUUGUUGUUAGAUGUCAAUAUUUCACACAGAUUGGGUAAAACGAUUACUUAUACUGUACAUGUUAUGUUAAAUGUUCUUUGUUUCUUUUAUCAUACAAGAAUCAACGGUUAUGCAAUGUGUACUGCCACACUUUGUCCUUGUUUUAAAUGGACUGUAUGAUUGACUUACUCAAGUCAACUUCAUUUAAACGUACGGUUUUUAAAAGAAAAUUUAAAUGUUUAUUCUGAAUAAGAAAUAUGUACAAUGCACCCUGAAAAUGUAAUAAGAUUACAGUGGGUGUUUUCUGCUUCUCCAAAAAUAGGAGUAGAAUAUUUUGUGAAAGCAUCUUUAGAUUUAAAUCUAUUUAAUUUGCUCCAAAAAAUAGUAUAUAAUAAACAUUAUAAGUAUAAUGUGCCUCAAGAAGCAUGUGCUGUUAUACAGGCAGGGUUUUGAUUCCAUUGAAUGUAUGUAAAUGUUUGCACAGUCCUCAGAUGUUUGUUUAUUAUUCAACUGUACAACUUAAUGCCACAAGCAUAUUAAAGCCACAAUAAUGAGAUAUCAGUAAACUUGCCUUUCAAUAUAAAUUGUAAAAAUAUAGAUCCUUGAGACAAUUUUGUGAAUUCAGUUUGAACUACUUCUGUGCUUGUCAGCGACUGCAGGAGGCCGUCUGCUUUUCUGACCUCAAGUAGUACAUUUACAGAACCUUUCAAUGUUAAGAGAUGAUCUAAACAGAGCUGGUCUAUUUAAAUAUGACUGGGUUGUUUCAGAAACCCAGAUUUGCUUCUGUUUUGUCUCACCCUCAGUACUGCGCCUUCCAAUAAGUAAUAUAGGAUAAAGUGUGCCUUGUUAAUACAGAUGAACAAUGAAACUUGAAAACAAAUUUUUCGUCUGAUUGCACUUUUAUGGAAUUGCUAAACCUCUUUUAGUUUCUGAGGGCAUUAUUGUCAUUGCCGUUUGCCAAAAGUACACAUGCAUCCAAAGAAGUAUCUUAAUGGAUAAGUGAAUGCUGUGAUAUAAAGAGCCUUCGUAAAUGACCCAGAAUGAUAACUCUUAGUUUUUCAGAUUGAUGACGGUGUGAUGCGUUGUAUUUUCUGUUGCUCACAGCUGCUGAAUAAAUGAUGUUACCUGUUUGUUUGCUUAGUAGCAUCUAUUACACAUCAGUUAUCUUGUAUUAACACAACAUUUCCUCUGAACAAAUUAAAUAUAGCUCUAUUAUUAAUGUUCAAGAAUAGGACAGUUGAACAUUUUGUUUGCACAAACAACUUUUUCUGUUUUAGAAAUCCUUUACUGUUUCUGUGUUGUAUUGCUGCUUAUUGGUUUUUCAUGUAUUACAGAACACAAAGCCAUAUUCUCUUGAAUUUACACUUACUGUACACCUUGCUGGUGAUAGAUACUGUACUGAUGGGUGUGCAUGAUCAUCUAGUGGAAUUUGCACCAAAACUCACUCUGUUUAUCUUGGAUGAAUGGCAGACAACUGCCACGAUAAUCCGAUUAAUAAAGUAAUAUCAUGAGAAACUUU